AUGGAGCAUAUGGAGCGUGUGGAAAAGGCUAUUGAGAAGAUACAACAGCAAAUUCAGAACAAGGAGAAACUGUUGAAGCUUGCUGGCCAAAAGCUUGGGUCUUUACGCCAAUCCCAACAUAGGUUCGCUAUCGAAGAUGUCGAUGUUAAGGCACCCCAAGGUGUGGACACGCUUGCGAACAAUCGACUGAUUGUUGAGGAUACCGUGAAUCGCAUACUCUCUGGGAGGGAGUGUAUUUAUGGCGGUGAAGGCUGGUGGAGAUACGAAUUUUGUUACGGGAAAACCGUCUUGCAAUACCAUCAAGAACCCAACGGUGAACGCACGGAGAUACUGUUAGGAACAUUUGAUGAGAAAGUGCAUAAGGCAUGGGUUGACGAAGAUAAAACGCAUCGAUCUCCGAAAAAGUAUAAUAAUCAAGUUACCCAAAUAUCCCAUCUCUACGUGAAAGGAGAUAUUUGCCAUGAACUAAAUGCCCACAGGAACGUGGAGGUUCGAUUACGAUGUAAAACAGCUGAUCAUAGCUCGUUAGCCAUUUCAAUAGCACUUGCUGAGCCAAAUAUGUGCCAGUAUAUACUCACAUUGGAAAGCGAGAGGUUUUGCGAACCGCUACAGUACGCUGAUGAAUACGGUCUGAUUGCACUGGAACCGCAAGAGGACUCACCACAAAAAGCGCCUGGUCCUAUAUGA